AUGAAAUUGGUUGAUAUUUUAUUCGUACUGACUGCAGCAGCAACCACUAAUGCAAUACUAAUCCCGACUAAUAACAAUGGUUCACCCAAAGCAUCAGUCACUUCGAGUCAAGCGUCUGGCCCAACCAAUGAGCCUAAUCCAGGCACUUCAGAUGAAUAUCAGCAAGACAUAAUUGAUGCAACUAAUUUAAGCAUUUUCGACGAAGACUGGAAAUACCUAUUUGAUUUGAUUGAUCCAAACACUUCCAAUGAAGACUGGCAAAAUACGGUGAAUCAACCCAGUUCAAGCACUUUCAGUCAAGUAUCUGGUACAGCUGAUGAACACGGUUCAAGUAUUUCCAAACAAGACCAACAACAAUCGAUGGAUCAACCCAGUCCGAGCACUCCCAAACGAAGUCGAAAACGGCCGAUUGAUGAACCCGGUUCAAACAUUUCCAAGCAAGACCAACAACAAUCGAUGAAUCAACCCGGUCCGAGUGCUUCAAAACAAAGUCGGAAACAAUCAACUGAUGAACCCGGUCUCGUAUUUCCCGACAAAUACUGGCAACGCCUAAUAGAUGAAGUCAAUUCAGACACUUUUGAAGACUGGCAAGAAUUGUUUGAUAUAGCUGGUUUAAAUACUCCCAGUCAAGUUUCUGACCCAAUUGAUCAAGUCGGUCCAAACACAUCCGACCAAGACCAACAACAACCAGCUGAUCAACCCAGUUCAGGUAUUCCCAACCAAACCCAGCAACACCUAAUGGAUGCAACUGGCCCAAGUACUUCCAGUCAAGACCAACAACAACCAAUGGGCGAAAGCGAGUCUGCCAAUACUGUUUCAAAUCAAAUAGCUGGAUUAUGCGAAAAAUAUCAAAGUACCUUUAAUCGUAUAAAGCAAAAGCUUGUAGAGUCUAAAGAAAUACGAGAGAAAAAACUCAAAGAAUAUUGUGAUUAUAAAGCCAUUGGAUUCGAACAAUGGUCAGCGCUAGAAAGAGGAGAAGAUAUAUCUGGAUCAAGGUACAGUCCAGACACUGAAAAGAAAUUGAAAAAAGAGUAUGCAAUGACAGGCAAAAAGGUGUGGGAGUUAAGGUAUCAAUUGAAAAGGUUUAUGAAAAGGCAUGGUUUGAAAUUCGAAGAACUGGGUUUGGAUUUGGAUUGA